UUCAUUUCUACAAUCUUCACUCUACUCUUUUUUUUUUUUUCCUUUCCUUUUCUUUUCUUUUUUCCCCUUUUUUUUUUAUUCAUAUAACAAAACCCUAGCUUUCCUUCCUUUAUAUCCAUACAUAUACACACUCUGUAUCUAUAUCCUUCAUCAAAAUAUGAUGCAGCAGCAUCAGAGGAUCAGACAACAACAAGCCCUGAUGCAACAAUCCCUUUAUCACCCAGGUCUUGUAACUCACCCCCAGAUAGAGCCUAUCUUGAGUGGAAAUUUACCACCUGGGUUUGAUUCAACCACAUGCCGCAGUGUUUAUGUGGGGAACAUCCACCCACAGGUCACAGAACCCCUACUCCAAGAAAUUUUUUCAAGCACUGGUGCUCUUGAAGGAUGCAAGCUCAUUAGAAAAGAUAAAUCAUCAUAUGGGUUUGUAGACUACUUUGAUCGACGUUUUGCUGCUCUUGCCAUUGUGACCCUUAAUGGAAGGCAUCUAUUCGGGCAGCCUAUCAAAGUUAAUUGGGCAUACGCAAGUAGCCAGAGAGAAGAUACAUCAGGGCACUUUAACAUAUUUGUAGGUGACCUUAGCCCUGAAGUUACUGAUGCUACUUUGUUUUCUUGUUUCUCCGUGUACCCUACUUGCUCUGAUGCAAGAGUUAUGUGGGACCAGAAGACGGGGCGUUCUAGGGGAUUUGGAUUUGUCUCAUUUCGAAACCAACAAGAUGCCCAAAGUGCAAUUAAUGAUUUAAAUGGGAAGUGGCUUGGAAGUAGGCAAAUUCGAUGCAACUGGGCGGCAAAGGGUGCGACAUCGGAUGACAAACCGAGGUCGGAUGCCAAAAGCGUUGUGGAAUUGACAAAUGGAACAUCAGACGAUGGUCAAGAAAAAAUCAACGAAGAUGCUCCCGAAAAUAAUCCUCAGUAUACAACUGUCUAUGUUGGCAAUUUGGCUCCGGAGGUUACAUCAGGUGAUCUCCACUGUCAUUUCCAUGCUCUUGGUGCUGGUGUUAUUGAAGAUGUUCGCAUUCAACGAGACAAAGGUUUUGGUUUCAUAAGAUACAGUUCUCAUGCUGAAGCAGCUCGUGCUAUUCAGUUGGGAAAUGCUCGAUAUCUCUAUGGCAAGCCACUCAAGUGCUCGUGGGGUAGCAAACCAACACCUCCAGGAGGCAGCUCAACCCCACUACCCCUGCCAAUGACUGGAAAUAUGCUCGGUUUUUCAGGCACAGAAUUUGCAGCCUAUGAAAGACAAUUGGCUCUUAGUAAAAUGGCCGGUGUGCAAGCUCUAAUGCAUCAGCAGAUGGGUGCUGCUCCUAGCCAAGGACCCCUCUAUGAUGGUGGUUAUCCAGGAAUUGCCGCCACACAGGCCCCUAUGUACUACCAGUAAUAACAGCCUACCACGGAGAUUAGAUAGAGUUCCUGUCUUCUUUUUUCGAUGUUUUUUAAGUUAUUGUUUGGAAUGCUUGUUUUCUCAUUAUUAUCAUAUCAACUUUGAGGAAGUAUAUGGAUAUAUGUAGAAUUUGUAUGUGUAUGUAUUGAUUUAUAAUGUGCACCUAUGAUGGGUGUUGUAAGAGGCAGUAUUGAUUUAUAAAUUGCUGAAUUCACACAUC